AUGAAGUACUCACUUGUCACGCUGUGCCUUACGUUCGUCGCUGCAGCCUACGCAGAAGAAACUCUACCACUUGUAGUCACUGACAUCCCUGAAGUAAGAUCCACCUUUAUCAAACUAAAGCACGUGGAAUUUACCGAAAAACCGACACCAGCCCCAAGAGAACCCACAAUCUUUGCCAAACUGAAACACGUCGAGGUCACGGAGAAACAGGAAUUUCAUGAAAGAGAACCGACUCCCUUCGCUAAACUGAAUCACGUCGAAGCUACCGAGAGACCGUUACCUCCAAGACCGAGCUGCGAGGAUGUUCAGUGCAAACCUGGUUACCAUUGCUUCAAUGGCGAAUGCCAGGGUCCCAUGAGGGUAUUAACUUGCGCCAGAGUCCGCUGUACUGUUGGAUACAAAUGCUUUGAGAACCCAGCCAGGUGCGAGCGCGAGGAAUGAAACCCUCCCCAUGCCAACUUUGUUUAUAGAACAUCCGGAACCUUUCAUGUCAAAAUCUAAAACAGAGGAUGGUUUUGAAAUCGCAUUGCAUCCCAAAUCAAUAGCUGCUCGAUCACUUGG